AUGGCGGCGCUUGUGGGGCUGCGAGCAUGUUUCUCCGCACUUCAGCUUACAUCUCCAAGCCUUCUGCACAGCACUUAUAGAUUGUGUGCGGUUCCUUUGAGUCGGCGGACUUUUGCUGCUGAAGCCAAGAAAACCUACACUCGAGACAAGCCUCAUGUUAACAUUGGAACUAUUGGGCAUGUGGAUCACGGCAAAACCACCCUGACUGCAGCCAUUACUAAAGUUCUUGCAGAUGCAGGAGGAGCCAACUUUAAAAAAUAUGAAGAUAUUGACAACGCACCAGAGGAGAAAGCCAGAGGGAUCACAAUCAAUGCAUCUCAUGUGGAGUACACGACGGCCAACAGACAUUAUGCCCACACAGACUGCCCUGGCCAUGCUGACUAUGUCAAGAACAUGAUCACUGGCACGGCGCAGAUGGAUGGCUGUAUUCUGGUGGUGGCGGCCACAGACGGACAGAUGCCGCAGACCCGUGAGCACCUCCUGCUGGCCCGGCAGAUCGGAGUGGAGCACGUGGUGGUGUUCAUAAACAAAGCCGAUGCUGUGGAGGACAAGGAGAUGGUGGAGCUGGUGGAGAUCGAGAUCCGAGAGUUACUCACUGAGUUUGGAUACGACGGAGACAAUACACCUGUGGUGAUUGGAUCUGCCCUCUGUGCACUGGAGGGCAAGCAGCCGGAGCUGGGAGUAAACGCGGUGAUGAAACUGUUGGAGAUUGUGGACUCUUAUGUGCCGCUUCCUAAAAGAAAGCUGGACGACCCCUUCCUUCUGCCUGUUGAAGGGGUUUACUCUAUUCCAGGAAGGGGUACAGUUGUAUCGGGCACAAUGGAGAAAGGAGUGAUUAAGAAGGGAGAUGAGUGCGAGUUUGUUGGCCACAAUCGCGUCUUCAAGUCUGUGGUGACAGGUAUCGAAAUGUUCCACAAGUCUUUGGACCGGGCAGAGGCUGGAGAUAACCUGGGCGCCCUGGUGCGAGGCCUGAAGAGGGAGGACGUGAGGAGGGGGAUGGUCAUGUGCAAACCAGGAUCCAUACUGCCGCACCGGAAAGUCCAGGCCCAGGUGUACGUGUUGAGUAAAGAAGAGGGUGGAAGACACAAGCCGUUUGUCUCCAACUUUAUGCCUGUUAUGUUCUCUCUGACCUGGGACAUGGCCUGCCGGGUCACUCUGCCCGGAGACAAGGAGAUGGUGAUGCCCGGAGAGGACACGCCGCUGAUCCUUACCCUGCGUCAGCCCAUGGUCCUUCAGCGAGGCCAGCGCUUUACCCUGAGGGACGGCAACCGGACCAUCGGCACCGGCCUGGUCACUGACAUCCUCACAGCCACCAGCGAGGAUGACUCCAACUGGGGCUGA